CAAAUGUAAUGUUGAAUGACCUGUGAUCUGGGUUAAGAGACGGAGAUAAGGAUCAUAAGAUUGAGAUAAAUAACCCAAUAAAAAUCAAAUGCAAUGUUGAAUGACCUGUGAUCCGGAUUAAGAGACUGAGAUAACCUUUUAGAAAAAAAAAAGACCUGAUUUUUAACCGAGUUAAAAUGUCAAAACUCGCGACCCUAAUAAUAAGACAAAGAUAUUUCUAUAUAAAGAAAAUCAAAACAAAUUAUGAAACUGAAUGUUUAACAAACUCAAUGUUGAAUGAUGAAAUAAAAAAAAUUAAUUAAAAAGAGAAUAUAAAAAAUGAUUCGAGUCAAUUCAGAUUAACUCGUUAAACACCAUUUCUGGAUCACGAGGCUAAAAUAACCUAAUAUAAAACAUACAAAAUAAAUAUGAAACUUAGUUCUCUAUCAACACCAUAUUAAAGGAUACAAUUGAAAAAAAAAUUAAUUAAAAAAAAUUAAAUUAAUUAGAUUAAUCCCUCAAAGCUUCAAUUUUUAUCAUGAAAAUAAAAUAAUUUGAUAAAAAAUAUAUAAUAAUAAAAAAAUAACAAUAUUUCAAAAAUAAAAGAAAGAUGUAGCAAAAACUCUUUCUUCUCUUGUAAUUUUUUUUGCUAAUGAUUGGUCGUCUUAUGCUAGAAGUUGUUACAAUCAUCAAAGAAAGAUGUAGCUCAAAGCCUUUUGGUUGUCGUCCUCUUUAAGUUGAUUGUUGAUGGCUUGUUGAGGUCGUCGUCUCAUUACCUCUGUACUUUCAACUUUGUGCUUCACAUCUAAUUUCUCACCUAAAUUCUGUGCUGCCAUAUGAACUAUUAUUAUAAUUGAAUUCCCACUACUUGCCACCGCCUCUUAAAUGAUACCCAACAGAGAACAGUUCCCUCCUCUUAAAUUCUGAAAACCCAACAUAGCGGCGCUUCCAACCACCUCUCCUAACACUUUUUCUCAUACACAUGUCUAUAUCUAUACAGAGAGAGAGAGAGAGAGAGAGCGCUUCAAAUUUACUACCUUCUUCUUCUUCUUCAGGAAAAUCACACACAUACAGCUUGGAGUGAAAAAUGGCGAACAUAAACAGUAGGGUUAGUGUCCAUUCAAUGUUAACAGCAGUCUCCAGCAAGCCAGUCGGGCCGGGUCAGACCCAUCCAUUAUCAGCGCUUGACCAUGCAAUGGCUCUCCAUACAUUACACUUAGUUUUUUACUACAAGAAAAACCCAUUUGGGAUUUUUGACGUGGACCCUUUAAAGGUGUCUUUGUCGGAGGUUCUUUCUUUGUAUCCACAAGUUGCGGGUCGGUUGACCCGAGGGGAGUCGGGUAAUUGGGAAGUGAAGUGUAAUGAUGCUGGUGUUAGAAUUUUGAGGGCAAAUGUUGGAGUUACAAUUGAUGAAUGGUUGAGAUCAGCUGAUGUCUCGGAGGAGAAAGAUCUCACGGUUUGGGAGGAAAUGCCUGAGGAUCCUAGUACAUGGUCACCCUUUCGUAUCCAGGUAAAUGAAUUUGAAGGAGGAGGUGUAGCCUUUGGACUAAGUUGUACACACAUGAAUGCAGACCCAACUUCAGUAACUCUGCUCUUCAAAUCCUGGAUUGAGAGUCACCGCCAGGAGCCGAUUGAGCACCCACCCCUGUUCAACUCAACCCCGCUCCAUCACCAACAAGUUCCUGAUACUAGCGGUAAAUCAACCAAUUACUAUGCAAAUAAGGCCAAUGCACGAACUCCCUCGGUGAAAAUGGUCACCGCUACGUUCAGGUUCUCUAAUUCAGCGAUCAAUAAAUGCCUUAAUGAAGUGCAUGAUCAAUGUCCUCAAGCCACCCCAUUUGAUUUGCUAGCUGCACUCUUCUGGACACGUCUUGUGCUUCUAAAGGCUCCAAAACAUGACAACAAAUGUUCCCUCUCAGUUUGUUUAGACUUUAGAAGGCUCGUGCAGCCACCAAUCCCUCUUGGUUACUUUGGAAAUGCAUUGCAUUUCUCAAUGCUAACACUAAAUGAGGAAGAAAUGGACUACGGUAAGUUAGGACAUGUGGUUGAGUUGGUGCAUCGCCAUGUGUCAGGUGUCGAGACAGAGGAGGUUUGGUAUGCUGUAGAUUGGCUUGAAUCACAGAAGGAAGAGGGAGGGAAGCAUGCACCACCUUUUAGAAUGUAUGGUCCUGAGCUAACUUGUGUUAGCAUGGAGCACAUGAUCAUAGGGAAUAAAUCGCUGAUGUCGUCGGCGAGUUUUAAGAGUGAUGAAAAGCCGGUUCAUGUGGCAUGUCAUUUUGGCAAUGUGGUGGGUGAAGGUCUGAUUGUGGUGCUGCCUUCAGUAGAAGAAGGCCUUGCAAGGACAGUGAUUGUGACCUUGCCGGAGGAGGAGAUGCCUCAAUUAUGCGAGGAUCAAGCUAUCCAGCGUCUACAACCAACAAUGCUGAUCAGUGGUAGAUAGUAAGCUUAUGUAGAGCAAGGAUAGCAUAACCUGAGUCUUUUGCUUUCCAUGCAUCAUCUUUAUGCUAAGCCCUUAACGGGAUGCAGAUGCCAAACCCUACAGUUGAAACCUUGUCCUAUAAGCCUUAAAUGCAGUGAUCAUACAGGAGUUAUUGUUCAAUUAUCCAUAGAUGUUUUGCAUCCCAGUACAGUGGAAAUGUUUUAAGUUGAAACCUUGCUAUC